AUGGGGAGGGAUGUUGAGAAGCACCCAAUGAAAAUCAAAACCAACUACUUCAUCGUCUCGCUGGCGUUUGCUGACCUUCUGGUGUCAGUGCUGGUGAUGCCGUUUGGUGCCAUAGAACUGAUCCAUCAGAACUGGAUCUACGGUGAGACCUUCUGCCUGGUCCGCACCUCUCUGGACGUGCUGCUGACCACCGCCUCCAUCUUACACCUGUGCUGCAUAUCCCUCGACAGGUACUAUGCCAUCUGUUGCCAGCCGCUGGUCUACGGGAAUAAGAUGACACCGCUGAGAGUGGCUCUAAUGAUCGGAGGAUGCUGGAUAAUCCCAACCGUUAUUUCCUUCCUACCCAUAAUGCAAGGCUGGAAUAGUAUUGGAAUAAAUGAUUUGAUAGAGAACCGGAAGUUCUCUGGCAACUCCACGGUGUGUGUGUUUAUGGUGAACAAGCCAUAUGCGCUGACCUGCUCAGUCGUGGCCUUCUACUUACCGCUGAUCCUGAUGGUGCUGGCGUACCAGCGCAUCUAUGUCACGGCGCGGGCACACGCUCGACAGAUCAGCAUGCUGCAGCGGGCCGGAGAAGCAGGGAACGCGGACAGCGCGGACCACCAACGCAACCACCGUAUGCGCAUCGAGACCAAGGCGGCCAAGACUCUGUGCAUCAUUAUGGGCUGCUUCUGCCUGUGCUGGGCCCCUUUCUUUAUCACGAAUGUGGUGGACCCCUUCAUAGACUACAGUGUUCCUGAGCAGCUGUGGGCGGCCUGCCUCUGGCUGGGCUACAUCAACUCCAUGCUCAACCCCAUCCUUUACGCCUUCCUCAACAAGUCCUUUCGCCGUGCCUUCCUCAUCAUCCUCUGCUGCGGACACAAGCGCUACCGCCGACCUUCCAUCCUGGGCCCUGGAGCGACCUGCACGGCCACGCAGAUCAACGGCUCGACACACGUCCUGAAGUAUUCAGUUCUUCACAAUGGAAACCACACUGAACAGGAGAAACUGUCAAUACAGAAUGACACAGAGUCCCAGGAGUCAUGUUUCUGACACAGGCCAGCCUCUGAUGAGGAGCAUCACUGGAAGGUGCCAUUUCUCACCGCCCUGCCUGCAGCUCAGACCCGACCAGAGCCCUUCAGGAGUCGAGUACAAGGAGCUGCACUGAACUGUUUGCUCAAAGAGCUGCUGAACAAUGAGGGAAAGAACAAUGUUGCCAAAGGUAUCUGGUCUGUAAUUUAGGAUACGAAUUUCCAUUGCAAAGGAAUGUUGGUAAGGGUUUUCCCAAUGUGUUUGUUUCCUUUUUGGUUCUCCUGGGAAUACGACUUCCACACCAAAAACACGUCUUUCAAGCUUUAUCCAGAGUGGCUUCUAUUAGCUCUACAGUCAGGAUAACACUUCCUGAAAGCUACGGCACGAAUGCUGAAUAGCUAAGAUGACACUCUAUUAAAAGAAAGAUUUAUUUUUGUUCUAUAAAUGAAAAAAUAAAUUCACAAGUUCACACCACAGUAUUAAGAGGUAGAGCUGGGAGCAUUGCUGAGCGAUUUCUCCAAUUUUUUAUUUUUUAUUUUUUUUAUUGUUUCAUUAAUUAAUUCUCAAAUCAACAGUUAUAAUAUAGCAUUGUCACAUGGAUUUAAAAUUUUAAGUGUUAAGGA